AUGAAGAAGUCAUUCAUUGACCGAAUCUUUCCCCAUUCACCAGGGGAUGCCCUUCCACAGUAUGAGAACGAUCUAUCAGGGCCGUCAGGGACUCCUUCUCCACCGCGUAUUCUAUUGCAAGAUUCAGUGGCAUCCUCUUCACGCAGCGGCAAUGCUUCCUCCACUCUCUCCACGCGCCGAACAACCCAAACGCUGACAGCAUCCUUGGUGCGCUACGACGACCCUUUUCUACCGGUCGAAAGAGCGGCCAAAACCCUCGAACGAACUCUUCAGAGCCUCCUCGACGCUCAGUCCGAAGGUCUUCUGGCCGGUAUUGGGAACCAGGACACGAAUGAUGCAUCCUCGGCUGGCAGUCUUACACCCACCCCUUCCCUGGCGACGUCGCCCCAGAGACAUAUACAGGCACCAACAAUACCUAUACGCCAACCCAAAGGGAGGAAGAUCACACUGCGCGGGGCUCGUCGAGGUCUAGUCAAAUCUAUGGCAGAAUUUGCCCGUCUAAAAGAUUGGGAAUUGACCCUUAUUGACGAAGAAGUCGCGGCCAGAGCAAAUGCAUUGAAACAAGCUUCUAAUCUGGAAAGCCAAAAGAAACUUCUGGAGGACGACAUAGCGAAAAUAAAUGCCGAUGGCGGAGCGGCUACUCUGCGGGCAGAGGCGCAAACGGUCGAAGAGGAAAUCCAACAGUUGGAAACAAGGCUGCUGGAGCUGAAGGUCCACCAUAGACAGCUCAUCAGUCGAGCUCGAGAAAUUGAAAGCUCUAGGGCUUCUAGACUCAGCUCCUACGCGGAGUCCUUACGACUGAACGACAACAAGGUCAAGUCCUUCCUUCACCAACCGCCUAUUACCCAAAGUUUAGGCAGAGCCCCCAAUCCUGGCAUGUACGCGCUGAAACCCGACCGACGCACGCUCCAGAUGGCCGAACAGCAGUGGACGUCGGAGGUUGAGGUGCUGAACUUCCGAAAAACGGAGGUUGAGAAGGAAAAACGAGCACUGGAAGAAGGCUCAAAGUUGUGGCAACAGGUGGUGCAUCGUGUUCUUGGUUUCGAAACCGAACUUCGAGCGCAGACCAACGACUUGUCCCAAUCCCAGCUUCGAGCUUUUGGUGGCGACGCUCUCACAGAGACCUCUGUAACAGCAGCGAAGGAUGGCUUGCUUCAAGUUGUUUUCACGAAGUUAUGCACGCUCAUCACGUUCCUGGAGGACGCUCUGGCCAAGGCCGAGUCGAAAAAUUGGAAUCUCCUUAUUUGCUCGAUUGGGGCCGAACUUGCCGCUUUUGAUCAAGCCCGUGAGGUGCUCCAAGAAAUGGUCGGCGUGGAUAAUAGCUUACCAGACCAUCCUUCUGGUAACGAGGACCUCGUUGAUGCCGAGCAGGAGGAUGCUCCGCAGAAGGAUCAUAUGAGCGGCGGCCUCGUCGAGACUGAUGGAAUAGCGCCACGCAGUCCAGGAGAAAGCAGCAAUCACAGUCUGGAGGAGACCCUGCGAGAGUUUGGGAAGGACCUGGAUAGAGGCAAACAGAAGGAAACCUAUGGUGGUUUGGGCAUUGAGUUGCCACGCCGGGGCCUUGACGCCGUCGAUAACAGCCUCGGGUCUCAGUCAAGGACAGCAAACGAUCAGACGUCUGAAAGCGAGGACGACGAUCCUGGCCCGGAGUUUCUGCUUUCGCAUACCUGA